ACAUCAAUAGUUAGGGCUUCCCUCCCUCUUCGGCCUUAUCAGACCUCAACUCCACCGCAUUCGGGGUUAGGGUUUCGAUACCGGCCGUAAUAGCUACAAUGGGGAGGGAACUGCAGCAGCAAGUCUCCUAUACAGUGGAGCAGCUUGUCGCCGUGAAUCCCUAUAACCCCGACAUCCUCGCCGAUCUCGAGAACCAUGUCAAUGAGCAGGUCUUAUCGCAAACUUACAGUUUAGAUGCAAAUCUUUGCCUUCUCCGGCUCUAUCAGUUUGAACCACAGAGGAUGAGCAUCCAAAUUGUUGAGCGAGUCUUAAUUAAGGCUCUGAUGGCAAUGCCAGCUCCGGAUUUCAGCCUCUGUCUCUUCCUAAUUCCAGAACAAGUGGUAUCAAAUGAGCGGUUCAAGACUCUGAUUGUUCUCUCCCACUAUCUGGAGACAGCAAGGUUUCACCAAUUUUGGGAGGAAGCUUCAAAAAAUCUUCACAUACUUGAAGUUAUUCCUGGGUUUGAGCAAGCAAUCCAGGCAUAUGCCAUCCAUUGCCUCAGUCUGACAUACCAGAAGGUGCCCAGGCCUGUUCUGGCUGAGGCCAUCAACAUUGAAGGUGUUUCCCUGGACAAGUUCUUGGAGUACCAGGUGGCUAAAAAUGGCUGGGUUUUGGAGAAGGGAAGUAAUAGGACGCAGCUGAUUGUUCUCCCCAGGAAUGAGUCUAAUCAUCCUGAACUCCGGAAGAACAGCGAUGAUGGGAACCCUCUGGAGCAUGUUACCAGGAUAUUCCCAGCACUUGUCUGAUCACCUUUCACCAAGAAAAUAUUACAUCCGGGCCUUUGUCCGGACAUCCAGAAUCCGAAUGUAAUAUUUUCUCCUUCCAAAGUACUCUGUUUGCUCUCAGAAUCUCUUGAUGCUGUCUGAUUCCAUUUGAUUUUGGUUUGAAUUGUUGUGUAUGAUAAUUGUGGAAUUAUUGAGGUUUUGAUGGGGAUGAGGUUUAUAUACCACCUAAUUCCUAUUUAUUUACAUA